AAGAAGAACGACUAAACUUGAUCAGUGCGUUUUCUUCCAGCGGUGCAGUUUUCAGACGGCCCCUAAUGUCUCACAUUCCGGUGUCCAGUUGAAGCAACAUUAUCAUUUUCCGGUGACUAUUUGAAUGAAAAUGACAUCGUAGCUGCUUUUCAUACAUUUACCGGAAUAUGGGCUUCUUCCUUUUAAAAUAGAAUUAAGUUUCGUUUGUGACUUGUAGCCUCCUUAAACCGGUUGCACAGGUAUAACAAACUGACAUUACUCCUCGGCGGCUCGCACCUUUACUGUCCGUACAUAUCUGUUCAAUCCGAGAUGAGAAAAAACGGCGCGUAUUCAUUUUUGUCAGUUUUGUCGUUCUUCGUCGUAUUGCUGUUCUUUGUUUUGUUCUUCUACUUUAUAUUUUACUCAAUGGCAGACGCACCAUAAGACGCAGAGAUUCACUUCUUUCAUGUUAGCAGCUAAGCUACACUGACUGGCUACUUACCCACACUGCACCGCUCUGUUGACAAGUCCCGCGAUCACAUGAUCAACCUGACCAGGAAGUAAGGAUCGCUGUACUUGGCCGCUCGUUCUGUUAGUGAAGUUGUGAUGGCAUCUGAAACCAGUGAAGCAGUGUCCUCCACUCCAGACCUCAAGCUGCAGUUUGCUCCCUUCAGCAGUGCUCUGGAGGCUGGCUUCUGGCACCAGCUCACUCAGAAGAAACUCAACGACUACAGAUUGGACGAAAGCCCUAAAUGUAUCAAAGGAUAUUACUACAAUGGUGACCCACUUGGUUUGCCCACCCGCCUGACGUUGGAGUUCAGUGCAUUUGAAGUGGACGGUCCGACACCAGCUCGUUGCUGUCCAGCUACAGGAACGCUGUAUAACACCAACACACUCGAUGCCUUUAAGACCACCGAUAAGAAGGCUCUGCUGGAGAAAGAGGCCAAGGAGAUAUGGGAUGCUAUACAUUCUGAGGCUGCGUUGAAGGACCCAUCCAUCCUCUGCAAAUUCAUUCUGCUGACCUUUGCGGAUUUGAAGAAGUACCAUUUCUACUACUGGUUCUGCUUCCCUGCCCUCUGUUUCCCAGAGGGAAUAAAGCUUGUCCAACAGCCGUCUGCCCUAGAACAAGUUUUCUCAGCAAAACAGAUUGCAGCCUUGCAGGAGGCCUAUGAUGGCAUGUGUAUCAAAAGAGAGACCACUGCAGUGCCUUACUUCCUAAUGAAGUACACAGAUGACACCGUUCAGAUGGUUCCACUCGAGGACUGGGACAUGUUCUUCACUGAUACUAAGAAGGUUACAGUGGGCGUCUAUGAUCCGUGUACUCUAUCUCAACAUCCGGGCUGGCCUCUGAGAAACCUGCUGGUCCUCUUAGCUUACCGAUGGGGCUCUAAGCUGGACACAGUGGAGGUGCUGUGUUUCAGGGACCGAACUCUGCAGGGAAGCCGCUCCAUUCAGCACAGUGUCAUCUUCCAGAUAAAACUACCUGCUCUUCCCCUCAACUCUGCGUGCCCUAAGAGUGUAGGUUGGGAGAAGAACCCAAAGGGGGCAAUGGGACCCAGGAUGGUCAACCUCAGUGAAUGCAUGGACCCUAAAAGGCUUGCAGAGUCAUCAGUGGACCUGAACCUGAAGCUAAUGAGAUGGAGGCUGGUUCCUUCCCUGGACCUGGACAAGGUGGUCUCCACAAAGUGUCUUCUACUGGGAGCCGGGACUCUGGGCUGCAAUGUCGCCAGGACUCUCAUGGGAUGGGGAGUGAGACGCAUCACAUUUGUAGACAACGCGAAGAUCUCCUUCUCCAAUCCAGUUCGGCAGCCGCUCUAUGAGUUUGAAGACUGUCUUGGAGGAGGGAAGUCCAAAGCCUUGGCAGCUGUUGAGCGCCUCACCAAAAUCUUUCCUGGCGUGAAUGCAGAGGGUUACAAUAUGAGCAUCCCCAUGCCCGGUCACCCGGUGAAUUUCUCUGAGGCCACUCUUUCCCAGGCCCAGAGGGAUAUCGAGCAGCUGGAGAAGCUCAUUUCAGAACACGAUGUAGUCUUCUUACUAAUGGACACGCGGGAGAGCCGCUGGCUGCCUACAGUGAUAGCUGCAAGCAAGAGGAAGCUUGUGGUUAACGCCGCUCUAGGCUUUGACACAUUUGUUGUGAUGCGCCACGGCCUGAAGACACCCGCUGUCAGCCCGAGUGUUCCUGCAGGGGCAGACUCCUCCACUUCCUGCUCUUCUGCUUCCUCUUCGUCCUCCACACCGGCUGGCUCUGUGCCCGCCGUCCAAGGAUCCUCUCUGUUCUCCAACAUCCCAGGGCACAAGCUGGGCUGCUACUUCUGCAAUGAUGUUGUGGCUCCAGGAGACUCAACCAGGGAUCGGACUCUGGAUCAGCAGUGCACAGUCAGCAGACCAGGCCUGGCCAUGAUUGCUGGAGCUCUGGCUGUGGAGAUGAUGGUGUCCAUUCUGCAGCACAGUGAAGGAGGCUAUGCAGUGGCCAGCAGCAGUGAUGACAGAAUGAAUGAACCUCCCACAUCUCUGGGUCUCGUGCCACAUCAGAUCAGAGGCUUUCUUUCAAGGUUCGACAACGUCUUGCCUGCAAGCCUGGCCUUUGACAAAUGCACCGCCUGCUCACCCAUUGUCCUGGACCACUACGAGAGGGAAGGCUUCAACUUCCUGUCCAAUGUUUUUAAUUCUUCCCACUCAUUUCUGGAGGACCUGACAGGGCUGACACUGUUGCACCAGGAGACUCAGGCUGCGGAGAUUUGGGAUAUGAGCGAUGAUGAGAGCAUCUGAAGGACUGGAGGAGCAAACCCUGAGCCUGCGAAGGACUGAAGACAAUUCUCCUGCCGGGUUUGUUUGACAAAGGACAAGGGCUUUAGAUUAGACACAGAUUCUCAAACUCAAGUGUUCAAAACCAAGCAUACAAAAGCUUCUUCUGAAAAGUAGCUGAAAUAAAAGCUUUAAAAUUCCAAUUAGUCUUCACGUGGCAUCAAAAGCAGACCUUCUGAAUAGAGCGGUAAAAAUAAAUAAACGGCGAACGAUUCAGAUUUACUGCUAAAAUAUUCGGUGAAUGUGUGUUUUUCACUUGUGAGCUUGUAGUUAAUCUUCCACAUUGUGUGUAUAAAGCACUUGUAUUUACUGGAGAAUGUAUCUGUUUCUAUCACUUUAUGAUGUGAGACGAAACACUUUGUAUUUUUGUUUUUUGUCUAAAAAGCUUCACUGUUUAGUCACAGGUUCAAUCCCUCCCACAGUCUCUUCCAUCUACACAUUUAAUGGGUUUGCUGAGACAUUGACUAACUACAUCUGCUCGCUCAUUCAGUUUGCUGCAGAUAAAUUCUAAAAGUACAAAAACACAGUUGACAACUCAGCAAAUCCAUCAAUCUGUUUACUGGAGACUGUGAUGCAUACAGUACGGUUAAUACUAAAACCAGCACACUUGUGUUACUGUGCAACUGUGGCUUCUGACGUGGGAACUAUUUAGCGUUACUGUUUGACAACCUGGAGCCGACAACUGCACGGUUUAAUCUAAAGAAGAGCCUUCGGACAAACCGAAGGUCUGUGUGGUUCGUUCGUGUUGACGCAUGCACGUGUUUGUCUGUGCAAUUCAUGUUGCUUUUCUUACUCUACCGCGUGAUUUGUCUGAACUGAUAACAUGUACGAUAUUUGCAGUGUAACGACAUGUACAUUACAACAGCUGUUUGGCUAUUUAUGGAAGCCAAUAAGUGCAAUGUGAGAAAGAUCUGACAUUUAAAGGUUUUGUCAGAAUUGUGAGAAGAUAAUAAUAAUAAUUCCCAGAUAAACUCCGAGAAUUAUGAUUCUUUCUCAAAAAUUGAGAUUAAUGUUUUAAUUCUGACUUGGUUUUCAUAAUAGUAUUCUCAGCAGAGCUGUUUGUCAUUUUCCCUCUUCUGUAAGUAUUUAACCAAAAACUGGAAUAAAAUGUGUCUUUAUUA